AUAGUCGCUCGUAACAACUCCAAAGACGGAGUGACGCUCUAUUACUGUAUAUUUUUUACGAAAUGAUAAAUAUGGCAAAAUAAAGACAGUUGCAUAUAAAUGAAUAAAGAUUAAAUAAAAAUGCCUACCACUUGUGCAGUUGAAGGUUGUACCAAGCAACACGAUAAAAACAAUCGAGAGAUUAGUUUAUUCUCCUUUCCAAAAGAGGAGUAUUACAUCAAAGAAUGGCAAAAAGUCUGCAAAAAUAAAAAUAUCAACCCAAAACAUGCCAGAAUAUGUUCAAUCCACUUUCGGCCUAACAGUUACAAAGAAAAGUCAUAUGCUGAGCUUAUAUUGAACACAACAUCAAAAUGCACAAGGAAACUUCGCAAAGAUGCCAUCCCAACGGAAAACCUCGUCAGUACCCCUAAAAACACAGCUUUUGAUUCCGAAUUAAAUACUCCUUCUAUAAUAGAAAAGAGGAAAAAUUAUACAUUUGCAAACGGUUCUAUGGCAACUGUAUAUUUUGGUACAAAAAACUCAACCACGACAAGAAAGCAUCUCGCUGAUGCGAUGCCACCAAAAAAUCUCCAGAAACCCCUUAAAAAUAGAACCGUUAAGGUUAAAAUAAAUACUGAAUCUUCAACAGAAGGCACGGAAGCAACGAAAAUUGAUAUUGAUGCCAUACCAAUAGAAGACUCAAAAAAUUUAAUAUUUGCGGAAAUUCCUACAGCAGAAAAUCUCAUGGGAGCGUUUGAAAACACAACCUUUAAUCCCGAAAUAAAUAUUAAAUCUGAAAGAGAAGACACAGAAACAACGGAAAUUGAUAUUGAUGUCACCCCAUCAGAAAAUUUCUUUGUAAAGCUUGAGAACACAGACUUUAAUUUCGAAAUAAAUACAGGCUCUGCAACAGAAGACACGAUAAAUUAUACAUUUGCAAACGGUUCAACGGCAAUUGGAAGUUUUGCGACAGAAGACACAGCCACGCCAAGAAAGCCUCGAAUUCAUGCGAUCCCGACAAAAAAUCUCUUGAAAACGCUUGAAAACAUAGAUAUUAAGACCGAAAUAAACGCUGAAUCUGCAACAGAAGGCACGGAAACAACAAAAAUUGAAAUUGAUGCCAUACCAACAGAAGGCUCCAAAAAUUUAAUAUAUGCGGAAAUUAAUAGAGCUGAAAAUGUCAUGGGAGCUUUUGAAAAUACAACUUUCAAGACCGAAACAAAUACUGAAUUUGCAACAGAAAGCACAGAAAUAACAAAAACAUUUGCAGAGAAUUCUACAGGUACAAUAUCUGCAUCAGAACGCACCGGAAAUAAUGAAUCACAGGAUGUAUUAAAUACUAUAGAUUCUAAAAUUGAAGCCCUUGAAGCCUUAAUAUCUCAACCUCUAUCGAAAGAAGAUAGAGAAAAACAUACAGAACGUCAAACAGAGUUUGAGUGGCGAAUUUUGAAAGAAAUAAAUAAGUUGCAAAAAGAAAAAUUGGUAGAGAGUAACAGGAUAAUCAAGGAACUGAAAGAUCAAACUGAAAUGUAUCGUUCGCUAUGGCUUGAAACUAAGAGAAGUGAGGCUUUCUGGAAAAAACAAUGUCAGAUGCAUCAAAUGAGAGCGGAGUAUGCAGAAUCCAAGUUGAAUAUCGUUUCCACGGAGAGUGAUGCAAUUUUAAAUGGACUGAAAAAAAUAUUUAAUUCUGCACAAAUAAAAGUGUUACUGAAUCCCGAAAAGCGAGCUAGGCGGAACCGCGAGAAUAUUGCAGGUAUCGUUUCAACACGAUCUCUUAGUUCGAAAAUUAAACUUUAUCUGAGAAAAGUAUUUAAAAUUCCGUUGCCUGGACUUCCGUCGUUGAGACGCUGGAUCAAUAGAUGCGAUGUAGAGCCAGGCGUAUUGAAAAGCAUUUUAAAAAUUAUUGAGAAGAAGGGUAACAAAUUAAAUAAAUCAGAUAAAAUAACAGUUAUAACAAAUUAUAAAAAAUUUCGAAACCUCAAAAGGGUUCACUUUUUUUGAUCGGGUUUUUUUUCUACUUUGUUAUCCGCUUUGAUAAUCAAAAGUAAAGAAUAGCAAUAUACGCGUGUAUAUUUUAUUACUUUUCACUCUAAUUAGACUGUUAGUCCUUCAAUUAAAAAUUUGAAACAUAUUAAUAUUAUCUGCGAUAAUGCCAUAUAUAUUAUAAAUUUAAAUA